AUGGAGCCGGCGGCGCUCGGUCGCCUGCGACGCCUCCUGCUCGCCGCGCCGGGCACCGGCCCGGCGCCGGGCCGCGCCGGGCACCGGGGAUGCGGCGAGGCCUCGGGUCCGCGCCGCGACCUGUACGAGGUGCUGGGCGUCCCGCCCACGGCGACGCAGGCGCAGAUCAAGACGGCGUACUACGAGCAGUCGUUCCGGUACCACCCCGACCGCAACGCGGGCAGCGCUGCCGCCGCCGAGCGCUUCGCCGCCGUCAGCGAGGCCUACCUGGUGCUGGGCAGCGCCGCGCUGCGCCGCAAGUACGACCGCGGCGUCCUCAGCCGCGAGGACGUGCGCGGCGCCCCCAAGCCCUCGGGCCGCCCGCCCGCCCCCAAGCCCCCGCCCGCCCGCGCCGCCGCCUCCGGCUCCCGCCGCGGGCCCGUCCCGCCGCCCUUCGACUUCGACGCCUUCUACCGCGCGCACUACGGGGAGCAGCUGGAGCGGGAGCGGGCGCUGCGGGCGCGGCGGGAGCAGCUGCGCCUCCGCCGGGAGGAGGCCGCGGCCCAAGGCCGCUUCCGACUCGUCUCUGACCUCUCGGUUGGGCUCCUCUUUUUCUUGGGCGUUGUCCUGCUCUACGGCCUCAAGUUGCAGCGUGCCCCUUCUGCCAGUAUGACCUGCAGAUGUUGUGCCUGAUGGGUUCGUGGACCUUGGUUUGUGGACUCUGACGUGUCUCCACCAUCAGUGCUGCUCUUUGACCCUGGUGGGAACCACGUGUCUUCUCUUGAGCCGCAGUGGAGAUUAAAUGAUUGACAAUGGUGUUUGUGUGCUGUGUGUGUUCGUAGGGGAUGCUCUUGCCGAUGCUGACUAAUGACUCCCUGUGGUUUUCCGUUAAUCUGAAACUAGCCACCUCCAUGCUUUCACACUUGUUACUAUAUAUUUGGGGCAUUUUGGGAGCAUUGGUUUCCAGACUUCAUCGUUGCCUUUGUCUCCAUUCAGGAUUUGCCUCACUCUGUGGCGAGUACAGAAAUUUCAGCUUCAGCAGCCUUACAAGAAUGAAACCUGGUCCUACAAGAAUGAAACCAUGUCCUAGUCAGCGUGUGACACCACCUAGAGAUGCUGCCCAAAAUACUUUGGUAUUCAGAACAGUCUGUCCUGUCUAGGGCUUGCUAGGAACUUUGCACAAGACUAUCUCGUAUAGGCCUUUAUGGCUGGAGCGGUACGCUUCUGGACACUGAGUGGUGUUAUUUGUGUUUUACAUGUGUCUAAGCAUCAUUUGCACAGAAGAGUAUUUACCUAUUUAUGUACGGAGUGUUUUAGGAACAUUUUAGGAAAUGUUUAGGAAAUUAAUGUUUUAGGAAAGAUUGUCUCUAAGAACUUCUGUGUUUCCUUUGGUGCAAGCUUCCCCUGUACUAUUUGAAGAGAAUGAAGCUUGCUAUAACAUGGUAUUGCAAUGCUUACCAUGCC